AUGUCACUACCAAAUCGCCUUCGAUUUAUACAAAAAAUGCUUAAACGUAAAGACGCGUCUUCAACUAACGAAACAACCUCAAGAGAAAAAAAACAACAAAAACAAAGUUCUCUUACAGCAUGGAUAAAAAAGCCUUCUCCGGAACAAGUUCAGUUAAAUAUAACUAAACGUUUAAGUACCGAAGUUACUGAAAUAAACGAGGACUUAAGACUUGAGUUCGAGACUAUGGAUAAAGAAUGGUUAAGCGUGUUAUUAACAGAAAUUAAAAAACCAUAUUUUAUUGAGCUGAAAAAAUUCCUUCAAGACGAGUUGAAAAAAGAAAAAAUUUUUCCACCAGAACCAGAAAUAUACAGCUGGUCUAGAUUUACACCCCCUUCUUCUGUCAAAGUUGUGAUUCUUGGUCAAGAUCCGUAUCAUAAUGAUGGCCAAGCUCACGGAUUAUGUUUUAGUGUUCCAAAGAAGGUCCGAUCACCACCUUCACUCAACAAUAUUUUCAUAGCUUUAGAAAAAGAUAUUCCAACAUUUCAGAAACCAAAUCACGGAUAUCUUGCCAAUUGGGCCAAAUCAGGUGUUUUACUAUUAAAUGCCACGCUCACAGUACAAGCUCAUAAACCCAUGAGUCAUAGUGGUAAAGGAUGGGAAACUUUUACUGAUGCAGUUAUACAAUACCUAAGUGAAAAAAAGAUGGGAUUAGUGUUUAUGCUUUGGGGUGCACAUGCAAUCAAAAAAGGCAAAUCCGUUAAUAAGAAAAAUCAUCUAGUUUUGACAUCAGUUCAUCCUUCACCACUUUCGGCUCCUAGAGGAUUUUUCGAUUGUCAUCAUUGGUCGAAAGCAAAUGAAUACUUAAAAUCAAAGGGUCAAGAAGAAAUAGAUUGGAAUUGCUUAAAUGAUCCAUAA